AUGUCCGAAGCCUUUCUCAAACCGGAGAAGGACUACAGCAAGGAUGCAGACAAGUUGAUCCCGGAGGCGCAAGAGCUCGCCAAGAGCAAUAUCCAAGCCGCCAUCGACAAGCUGACCUUGCUGGAAAAACAAGCCCGCCAGGCCACAGAUCUUGCUACCACUUCCCGCGUCCUUGUCACUAUUGUCACCCUCAGCAAAGAUUCUGGCGAUUGGGGUCUGUUGAAUGACCAGGUGUUGUUGCUGUCCAAGAAACAUGGCCAGCUCAAACAGGCCACGACCAAGAUGGUGCAGGUUGUGGUGGGUUUCAUAGAUGAGACACCCAACGUGGAAACGAAACUAUCAGUGAUCGAAACUCUGCGAACAGUUACAGAAGGCAAGAUCUUUGUGGAAGUGGAACGAGCUCGCAUCACACGGAUUUUGUCAAACAUCAAAAAGUCUCAGGGUGAUCUGAAUUCGGCGGCCGACAUCCUUUGCGAACUACAGGUCGAGACGUUCGGAUCGAUGGCAAGGAGAGAAAAGACCGAGUUCAUUCUUGAACAGGUAGCUCUGUGUAUUGAGCGUGGUGACUGGACACAGGCUGCAAUUCUCAGCCGCAAGAUCAGCAAGCGUUACUUUGCCCGCAAGCCCAAGAAGACACCCGAACAACUGGAGAAGGAGCAGAAAGACUACGAGGAGCGAGUAAAGACGCGUGCUUCGGAUGAGCCUAUGCCAGAGAAGGACGAGGAUGUGACCGAUCUCAAACUCCGAUAUUACGAACAGCAGAUUGUCCUGGCCAAACACGAGCGGAAUUACCUCGAAACUUGCAAGCACUACCGGGACGUCCUGGAUACUGAAUCAGUUGAAGAGAACCCCGAACAGCUUCGCGCCGUGCUCGCACGAAUCGUCUACUAUGUAGUGCUCGCUCCAUAUGACAAUGAACAAUCAGACCUCCUCCACCGCAUACAGCAAGACUCGCGUCUGGCGCAAGUUGCUACGGAAGCGCGUCUUAUCAAGCUCUUUACAGUGCACGAGCUGAUGCGGUGGCCGGAAAUUGCAGAGACCUUUGGCCCUCACCUGUCUGGCACAGAUGUCUUUGACACUGUCAAGAACUCGGCCGACCCAGACGCCUUUGAACGGUGGCAAGAUUUGAGGAAGCGUGUGAUCGAGCACAACGUGCGAGUCGUAGCCAAAUACUACACUCGCGUUGAAGUCGGCCGCCUCACGCAAUUGCUCGAUUUGAACGAGGAAGAAACGGAAAAGUACAUUAGCGACCUGGUGACAUCGAAAACCAUUUACGCCAAGAUCGACCGCCCUGCGCGCGUGGUCAACUUUGCCAAGCCUCGCGAUGCCGACGACGUGUUGAAUGAAUGGAGCGGCAACAUGAGGAGCCUGCUGGGAUUGCUGGAGCGGAUUGAUCAUUUGAUCACCAAGGAGGAGAUGAUGGCUCGCAUCCAGCCGACCAAGGGGACCAAGGCGUGA